CAACUACUCCCAGCUAGAUAAGGAGGCCCUCGCUAUUGUGUUCGGAGUGACUAAACACCACCACUACUUGUACGGAAUGCAGAGCAAACUACAACCGGGCGAGAGCCCGCGGUCCUCAUGCUGGGCCGGCGGCUGCGCGGGCGGCUGGACCUGCUGCGCCCGGACACCGCGGAGGCCGUGCGCGCCGCGCAGCUGACGCACGAGAGGCGCGAGGGCGCGCGCGCGCUUCGCGUCGCCGACCCCGGAGAUAAGGUAUUAUUUAGAGACUAUUCAAAGGCGGGGCCUAAGUGGCAGGAAGGGGUCGUGACAAAAAGAUCAAGUCCUGUUUCAUAUGAAGUUAAAACCAGCGAUGGGCGCAUGCAUAAGCGUCAUGUCGACCAAAUUUUAACAAGUAAUAAAUCAAAUAGUCUAAGGAAAUCACGCCACUCGCUCAGUCAGGUACUUGACGAGUCACCGAUGUCUCCUAAUACAACGUCCCCGAGACCUCUGGACGUCUUAGAUACAGAGGAGUUUUAUGAUAGUGAAGCGGCACACUCAGCUGAGCCAGCAUCGCCGAGGGCGCCCCCGCGCUCGCCGCAGCAGGUACCGGUACCGUCCGUGUCAGGACCUGAUCGUCGUAGUCCUCGUUUAAAGCGCAAAGCUGCUUUGAAAUGCCUAGAAAGGUUACAGAACGCUUAGCUGCAGUCGUUGCCCUUAUAAUCACUUAUAUCAAUACAUGUCAGUCAUAUCAGUUUUCCAAACGUAUUCUUACCUAACUAAUCUAACAAGUAUCGCGUAAUAAGGUAUAACAUAAAUAAACCUGUACUGUUUAGAUAAUUCAACUUAAUUUUAAAUGGUAUUCAAUAAAUGUACCUAAUGCAAAGCAACCGAUGUAAACAAACACCUAAUACCUACUAAGAUAAGAACAUCAACAAGAAAAUAUUAGACCCAUAAAAUAUGUUCCUUCAACUUAGAGUCAGUAGAUUUAAGGUUCAAUUUUAAAUAAUUAUACGUUGAGUUACUUUAGGAAUAACUAAUAUUCCUUUAUUUGUAAUAUUUAUGUUUUGACCUUGUGUCAUUAGUAAUAAGGCAUAUACUUAAGUACAUGUUCCUUACUCCAAUGGUUUUGUGGUCUGUUCCAGUGCAUAUUGUUUACGACUAGAUUUCAACAUCUGUUUGUUUUAUCUUUUUAUUACUGGCACCUACUUAGACGUAAUACCUAUCGAAAAUGUUUUCAUAAAUGCUACUUACUAUUUAAGGUAAGCAUUAAACUAUGUAAAACCUAAGUUAGUUUUCGUAGUUCUUAUCAAUAUUUUAUGUAAACCUUACACUUACCUAAUAGUAAUACCUACACGUGUACUUUCGUGUUAUACAUAUGUGCCAAAUAUAAAUCUCUAAUUUUAUUAGUAAUAUAAUUAAAAGGGGGGAAAAGUGUUAUGUAUACGGGUUUACUAUCUGUGCAUUAAACGUCAGUCUA